GGCGGUUGUGUUGUCCCGUUGUCAAGACACCGUACUCCCCACCACGGAAAGCGAACAGGAGAGGAUGGAUAAUGAGUUCGGCGACGACGAUGGGCUGCGGCAGGCGCGCAGCCGUCGGCGGUUUCAGACAGGCCUCGUGAUUUUUCUGCUGUUCUUUUUCAUGGACGCCAGGACGCCGCAGGAGACGCAGGACCGAGGCAAACGCGCCGCACAGGCGAGGACGAGUGCCAAGAACCAGGAGGUCACGCGAACGACCGUGCAUAGAUUAGCGGAAGGCCUCCUCGAUCACAUCGUUCCGCAGGGCCCCACCUACGCCCUCAGAAGCUCCUCCAAUAUCAAAGGGGAAUGGCGGCUAUCGGAUGCCGAGAGCUUUCGGACAGUGGUUCCUGCGAUGAAGGCCGCCGACCCGUCAGAGGGAAGCGGGUCGAAGCAUCGCCUGGACUUGAGGGACGAGACGAUAGCCCCUUCCGACACCGAGACCGCUCACUUCUCUCACUCACAUAUGAUGGCUUCCCUUGUCCAGGCAAAGGGGAACCCGGAGGUCAGCAUCGUCCACGGAACACUGAACGUCGGGGGUGCGGCCACCAAAAGCGGCGUUGACACCCUCUUCGAAGGACUUUUCUUCCACAAGUUCGGCCACAUGUCCGCCGUCGUCGGAGCGUCGGGAGACGAGCUUAAGGUGGUCUGGACCCCACCCGCCUCCAGCAGCAUCGCCGCAGCUUCCCCGGGAGUGGCGGCGGGGGAGGCCGUACCUCCUCCAGCAGAGGCGGCGGCAGCUCCGUCACCGCCCAAGGUCGAACCGCUCGAGGACAACUCCGUCGGCAGCGGCGGCGGCGACCGAUUGACCUCCGGGAUAAACGAGGCCGACGAGGGCGGUCAGAGCAGCAACAGCACCGCCACCGCUGCUGUUGUGUCUGCUGCGUCAAGCAGCGGCGGCGGCAGCAGCAACAGAAGCGGUGACGCCGACGGCGGGAGCACCCUCCCCGUGGUGGUUCAGACCGCCACCGGCCCUCCUCCGGCUGUGGAGGAGACGGGAACAGAAGACGGCGGGGAGGGCGGUCGAGACGAAGCUGUGAAGGAGGAGGAGGAGGAGAAUGAAGAGGAAGAAACGGGGGUGGGCGACACAAGAGGGCGGCGGGCCCUCGGGGAUGGCGGUCGUGUUUCGAGGGAGGGGGGAGGUGCGCGCGUCGACGGAGGGUGGGAGAGCGGCAGCAGCCUUGAGCUUCGGGGCGGGGGACUGGGCUCCACGGAGCAGGCAGCAACAGUCGCGAGGUCAAUGGGUGGCCGGUUGUGGAGGGAGAAGGAGGGGGGUGGGGAGGAGAGGGGGGUGGUUGAGGAUGGAGCGGGUGUUGGCGGGGGGCGGCGACGGGCCCUCGACGGGUUGGAGAGACCAGUCGACUUGGUGAGACACCGAGAUACUCCGCAGCGGCAGGAAGGGGACGAGACAGAGGCACCUCGCCACCGAAAAGAGACCGUCGCAGGAUCUAGAUCGUCGCUGCUGCCGCGACACCUCGACGAUGGGGCGGGGGCGGCGGGGGCGGCGGGGGCGGUGGCCGAAGCAGAGCUGGACGCUCCCGUGACGGAAGAAGCCAGAGAAGGAGCCGAUGAAGAAGAGGCGGGGGAGGCGGCGGCGGCGUUGGCGCGGGAGUUCCCGGCGAUGGUGGUUCCGAAGGUGGCGGUUGCGGCGGAAAGUCAGGAGUCCGGCCCUUUGCCGUCCCAGUGGUACAGCCUUCGAAAGGAGUACGGCCAGGGCUGCCUAUUCUUGUUGACCCUGCAGACCGUGGAAGAAGACAAAGGUUGGAAUGAAGAUAGCUUCAUCGGCGCGGUGGGGGAGAAGGGCGGCGACGAAGCGUCUAUCGCACGCAAGCCCCUGGCGGACCUCAUGAGGGGGGAGAUGGUGGGGGUAAACUGUGACUUCUCGGCCGUCAUCGAAGUCCAGCUAUCGCCGAGCACACUCCGGACGGCCCAGUCGCAGGCCGUCAGCUACUCGGUGUUGUUCACAAUGGUCUGCGUCCUGCAGAUGUGCCUCUUCUGCUGCCGGGUUGGCCUAAUGCUGGCACAAAGGCGGUACGGGCGCAACUUCAUGGUGCCCCAGCGAUUCCAACCCCCUAAGUUCGACUACCGCCGACCCAUUCCGCCCGAGCUGGUGGAGCAGGCGCGGACGGAAACUGCGGGGGGACAGCCUAGCGAGGAGAGCCGAGACCUCGAGGCCGGGAACUGCUUGGAGUGCACGAUCUGCUACGCGGCCGUGGACGCGGAACUCGGGGACUACAUGCUCACCCCGUGUGACCACGUGUUCCACCAGGGAUGCUUGACACGGUGGAUGGACAUCAAGACCACGUGUCCGACGUGCAGGCAGGAGCUACCCCCAGCGCUUGAGAGAAGAGAUGGUUGAUGUGGCCACGGGAACGUUGAUGAGGGAGGGGGGUUGUUAUGGUUCUGUUUCGAUUGGUGUCGAGGCUAGGUUGCUCAAGGCCAAUCCGGUAGGGCAGCAUGUCCGUCAUCUUCGCGUGGGGCGGGGGCGGGGGCGGGGCAGCGGAAGGAACGGCUUCGAAAUGCCCCCCCUCUGCAGGAUCGCCGCGUGAGGGACGAUUUUUGAUUUGUUGUUUUCCUCUCUGUAGAGUGCUUGGCUUGCCCGCAAGAAUUUAUCUCAGCUUGUCGUGUAAGGUUCGGGUUGUUAUUUGCAGCUUAGGUGCCGCUUUGGUACUCGCUCCCGCUUCCGCUCUCUUUCCUUGUUUUCUGUCUUGGGCAGGUUCCUUGUCAUUUUCUUCUCUUCUGUUACGUGACGUUCUUGACCGAAUGCAAGGGUGCGGUGAUUGUGGGAGAGGCGAGGCGGUCAGAAAAAAAUCAGAUUGAAACUGCAUCGAUGUUGCUUCCACGAUCGUUCGUAUUCCGGCGUCAGUGCCCGAGAUGUGGAAAUCCCCGUGUGUGAGGGGUAUCAUGACUGUCACCAUGGUCAUCGUUUUGCCUUCACUCGUCGAUCUGGUCCAGCGGAGUAUCGUUAGCUUGCGUUUGUAGGAUAGCUCCUUUUUUUUGUAUGGCCCGGUGACACGCUUUUGGCUACGGAAAAACAACAACAAACGGCGAGUAGGCUGAACGGCGGAGGCCGAAGCUGAUACGGCUUCCUUGUUUUGCAGUUGGCGGUUGACAAGACUUUCGGUGAAAGAGAGCGGGGGACCGUGCUUGCUUGCUUGCUUGCUUGCUUGCUUGCUUGCUUGCUUGCUUGUCUCGCGCCUGUUUUGAAGUUGUUUGAAGAUGACGACGACUUUUAAAAGCUCGUGAGAGUGGAAGGUGGACCCCAACAGCAGUGAUAUAGCGCCUUCUCGCCCCCCCCCGAAGAGCUGGAUGAUACCCGCCUCACGAGCAGAUACAUGUCCAUAUCGGCAAGGGGGGCAGAUCGAUGCCGCUGGGCUUCUUGAAGGUGUGUGGACUGUCGCCUUUUUCUGGUGGUCGUUUGUCUUCGCGCUUCUUCCGUGCUGGUUAUUGUUUUUGUCGUCCACGGUCGGGGGAUGGGAGGGGGCGCAAAAGUCGAGGCGAGGAUUGGUGCUUGUGUGUCCGGAUCCGUGUGGUCGUCUUUCGACCAUCUUCGGGGUCUCGGGACCGCUGCUGUGGGGAGACAGCAUUGAGCUGACUAGGUCGGCUGGCCGCUCCAGAGGUGGCGCGUUGCCACGGACGCAGGCGUUUGUCCAGCCGAUACCGUGGUGCUGUCUUUGCCGUCUCGAGCGUCCGGGGGAUGAUGAAGUGCGCACACGAGCAGCGAGAUGGGUGUGUAGUACCAAUGGCUUGUGCCGCGUAGUUUUGGGUGUCGGAGUGUAGAGCAUGUGUGUCGGGGUGGGUAGGCGAUAGUUCAGCGGCAGAGGGAGCCUUGCUCCUGUCGCGAAUGAAAUUGGUGCGUAGCUGGUAUUAGGUGGAACGAGUAGUGCAGCACACCUUCCCGCUCGUUCUGGUGACUUUUCCCCUCGGGUUUUUGUGGUGCGAACAACGACCAUCGCUAGGCGGGGAAGCUUUUUACACAGCCCGGCUACUCGGGCGGAAAUUUCUGUUGCGUAGAAUGAAGGCGAAGCGCUCUCGCCGACAAGACAAGACCUCUUGAUGUCGCCACUGGAUAUGUAAUCGAACUGCCUCAUAGCUACACAUGCAUGAGGGAGGUAGGCUAUUUUAGAGAACCAAAAGUGCAGAUAAAAGCAGAUAAAAAGGCUUACUUUUUUUGUCACCAGAGGUCAUUUGUACUUUCUUUUGGUGGGCUUGCGUUGCCCUCGUCGCUGAUUUUCGAUUGCUAUUUCUCGCAGCGUAGUGGACAGAGAGGCGCGGUCGAGCCUCGUGAUUAUGGUCAACAGUCGGGGGGAAGGAGUUAAUGAAAAUCCUGAAGAGAGUUGCUCGUUUUCCCACCGGUGAUUUUUGUUUACGGGUAACCGGGUACAAACACGGGUAACUCGUUUUCUUGGGAACCCGUACCGUCGUGUCUCUGUUAAGGAUGUCUGUUGGGAGAUCGCGGUGCCCCUCCUUGGUGUAAAUAAACUCCUACUGCCCGACAAGUAUCGUACUGCGUGUGCACGCGCACGCGUGUGUGUUCGCCUCGUCUGGUUUCUGAUUGAUCGGUGGUUGGCGCUUUGGUGUAUAUGCGUGGUAGGUUUCAAGUGCCGUAAGAGUUGCCUCCGCCCCAUGUCCGUCCGUGUUUUUCCAAAACAAGACAGACAGCCGGCAAGCAUAGAUGAUGCGCGUGUAAGGUAGUCUAGACGCUUGUAGGAGGAUCAUGACCGCCAGAUUGGUGAGAAAGAUCCUGCAUAUACCUUGACGUUAAGAAAAAAACGUACAUGAUGGCACAUGUACGUCUCGUCGUCGAGUGUUGUGCGCGAGAU